GUGCCAGUGUGUCAAAAAGCGCGCCUUCGCGUGCAGGAAGCGCGUGCUCGCGUUAAGCGCGGUAAAUAGGAAGACGAUGUGUUUAUCUGAAGGCUGCAAGAGAAAACUGUAUCGUGACUGAUUUUUUCAUUCACCAUUCAAAUGGCUGACGACUAACUUAUUCUGGGACAUCAGAAUCCGUGCUUAAGUGGAGGAGUCUUACAAGUAAUGGAUCAAAGCAGUGUGAGUGUUUGGGCACGUCUGGAGCCCUUUUUGCUGGGGGCACUUCAGGUGGCCCCCCCGGCCAAGUUCAGUCUGCACUACCUGCGCAAGAUGGCUACCUAUGUGCGGACGCGGGAGGGCUGCUUCCCCCACCUGAGCUGGCCCAUGUGGCGACACAUUGCAUGUGGCAAGCUGCAGCUGUCGGAGGACCUGGCCUGGCUCUACUUCGAGACCUUCGAUCUACUGAUGCCCCACACCCCUGAACACAGGCUAGAGUGGGCUGAAGGUGUAUCCCAGUGCAGCUCCCCUAAGGAACUUGAACGUCUGCGCAGCAAGUUGUCUGUAGACACACGGCAGUUCCUUCUCUUCCUCCACAUGCAACAUUUGAAUCGGGUGUCAUUGCGGACCUCCUUGAUUGGUGAAGAGUGGCCUAGUCCUCGAUCCACAUCCCUGUCCACAUCCUCUGAGCGUGAAGCCAAGACUAGUUCUCAAAAUAAGAACUGGGAUGACCAAGCACACUUAACCUUUAUCCAGAACCACCUGUCCGAGCUUCUGGAACUGCUGAUGGAGCCAGGGCAGCUGAGUUCUUCAGGACAGGUGGUGCAGGACAGUCAGCUAUCCAUGGAAGCACUGCAUGGGCUCAGCUUCCUCUUGGAGGGAUCUCAUGGCAAGGGCAGGACUGUGUACUCGCUUCAGAAACUACUGGGGCGUGCCCGCCUCCAAACCCAGGCUGGUUCCUCCAAGCUCAGCCGUUCCUUCUCAGCGAAGUACCUUCAGGUGUGGCUGCGACAGGUGUUGAGCCUCAACCCAUUUGGAGUCUCUGCCUGCUUGCGCUCUGGCAAGAAGUUGGCUUGGGUUCAGCAAGUUGAAGGUGCAAUGAAGAGAGCCAGGAUUGCACGAAACACCCACGUGGCACCACCAGGCAGCAAAUUGGUGCUAAUGUCUCAGGUUUUCCGGCAAACACUGGCCAAGGACUCGGAGAAGCUGGCCGGGGCCAACAUCAAACUGCACCGCUGCAGUGAGGCCUUCAUCUACCUUCUCUCUCCCCUCAGGUCGGUGAGCCUGGACAAGUGCCGAAACAGUACGGUGGUGUUGGGUCCAGUGGAGACAAGUGUGCAUGUGCAGAGCUGCGAGAACGUGAGGGUGGUAUGUGUGGCAGGUCGACUGGCGGUGGGCGCCUCCUCCCACUGCACGUUGUAUGUGCUGACGCCCACGCGGCCUCUGCUGCUGCCUGGCAAUGUGGCUAUCACUCUGGGUCCCUUCCACACACAUUAUCCCUCCCUAGAAGAUCACAUGGCUGCUGUUGGCCUGGCUGUGGUUCCAAACGCCUGGGACCAGCCACUGCUUCUAGGUGCUGAUGGCAGCACCCCUGAUAAUGUUCCCUACCGCUUGCUUCCACCUUCUGAGUUUUACCCUCUGGUGGUGCCCUUCAAGAUGGAGGGGGACACUUGUGAGGUGCCUGGCGGCUUUCCCCCGCCUUAUCAGAAAGCCCUAGAUGGCCGUAAUCAAAGGAUGAAGGACUGGCAGAAGACGGUGCAGAAUGCAAACCUAAAUAAAGAGCAACGCAAACAGUUCCAGAUGCUAGUGGAGCAGAAGUUCCACGAAUGGUUGCUGGAGUCUGGCAACCGGCAGCAGCUGGACAGCCUCAUCCCAUCCACUCUGAGUACCGAGGACCACAGUUGCGCCACGGGGGAUGCAAAAAGCACUGAACACGGGAUUGUUGAGCCAAGUCUAGAAGGUCAAAGGCGGAUGGUGAUGCAGACACCCAUGGCCUGCUAAUGACUGUCACCAGCUGAGAAUCACAGAGCCUGCCCACAACAUUCAGCACCUUAUCUCUGAUUAGAUGUCUACAUUUUUGCAGGGCAUUACACGCAUUGUGCUUGGUUGGAGGGACACACUAGCACUGCAUUCUAUUCCAGGGAAGCACUGUUUAGUGCCUUCACCAGCACUGCUGUGGGUAUGGCAUAAUUGCAUUAAUCAGGGAUCAUGCUAGUUUUCACUUCAUUUCCUUUUUGUUUCCUGAAUUUACAAAUGAAAUGGCAGGCUGUAAACAUUCAGCUGUGUGUUGUUCCUCAGUCUGUAUAUAUAUAUGGCUUCAGUGUGGAGAUAUAAUAUGAAGUUUUUUCAACCAACAUGCUGAUCCGUCCUUUGGAGUUUUCUCAGUAAUGGUAGCAAAAAAUAUUUAUAAUCCAGAUGAUAGACAAUGUUUAUAUUUUUCUAGUCAGAUUGUUCUCAGAGAAAUUGAACAUUUUGUUGUUGAUAUAUCUGCAUUAACCCAAUUACAAAACAUUUUGAAUAAUUAAGUUGCAUUUUUUCAUUAAAUGAAGUAAUGAAUUUUUAAGACCAGCAUUGCCCUUGUUCAGUAAAUUUUUGUUUUUACAUGUCCUGGUACUCUUGUUUAGUUAGAACUCACCUUAUUUUGUGAAUGUACUGUAUGGUUCAAAAGGUGCAUCAGAUAGUUCUUUUCUAUAGGAUUCAUGCAAAAUAUUAAGCUGUCCCAUUGUAUUUCAAAAAUAAAUAAAAUUUUUUUGUUUGAUUUUA